AAGUUUUUCUUCGAAUUCCGAGAAAUGCCGCCACUUUACCUAAGGGAUGUGUCUCAGACCGUCAUAAAAGCACUUCAGAGAGCGCGUUGGUCUUUGACCUGCUUCGGUGACAAAUCAGCCAGUUCCAAAGAUCUUUUCAGAAGAGCGUACGUGCAACCGCCGACCUGGCGAUCGAGGCCAAGGACAUGACCCAAGGUCUUCGCUUCAUAGAACCAAACGCAUUGUUUACAUACACGUUCUUUCCACCCCAUGUGUAACACCUCCCCGAAUGGAAGAAACCCAAACACUGUCUAGCCGUCACGGAUACGAGCUAUCUGGAUGAUCUCACAGCUCGAGCGUGUGUAACAGCGGCCCAGUAAAUACUCGACACCGCGUUGUUCACGCACACGUAGCGUGUUCAUAAACACUAGCGUUCGCCGCUCACAGAAACACUAUUUUUGAUGAUACAAUGCGAGACGAUCCAUAUCAGUGCUAGAGACAGACAGGCAGACAUAGAGAGAGAGAAGAAGAAGCAAAGGCGCACAGACAGCCUGAAAUUGGCUUCAGAAUCCCAGGGGCAUAACCUUAUCGUGUGCGCUUUGGUACGUAACCGGUCAAAACAGAGAGAAAGAAAGAAAAGGCAGUCCUUUAACUGGUGACAAUAGAACGAAUAUCUUUCGAGAACAAACUGAAGUCUCACACGCUGUGAUCACGUGCAAAAAAAAGUUAUCUUGCUUGCGGUGCGCCUUCCUCUUUCCUCCCCUAUCGAACCGCUGUCACCGCAGUCCACAGUAGCGGACAACGGACGCACCUUUGGUUGAUAGGCUAAUCGCGGCGCAGACAGAAUAGAAAAAAGAAACCGCAGCGCCACGCUCUUCACUAGACGCUAUAAAAGCUAUAAGCACUCUCGAAGCUAUGAGAGAAAGAGAAAAACAAGAAAGAAGGCCCUGCCAUCGCCAAUCUUGAGCACCUCCCUGCUCGUUCAUUCUCGCAGGGACGUCCGAGUAGAGAAGUCUUGCGUACCGUCGUCUCCUACACCGCGCCUCCAAGAUGGCUUUCAUGAUGCCCGUGGUUCGAAAUGAUUAUGACAUCUACAACCGGAGUCGGCGCACCUCGCCCGAGCACAGCAACUCCGGCAGCCUCAUGGGGAGCACAAGCCUGUCCACAUCGCCAAAUGUCCGCGGAAGCAGCGAGGACGUCUGCAAGAUGUUCCGCACUCACGAGCAUCUGGACGCCCUCGGUCCACACCGGCCAAGGUCAGGAUCGCUGACGUCACUCAAGAAGUUCCACCAUUUGCUAGUGGAUACCCUGAAGCGCUCCGCGUAUCACAGCAGCCACGUCAACGUGGAGACGGGGGCGUCGCAUUCCGCUUCUGGAUGUGCCACAAGCGGACAGACCAAAGAACAAGCUGAUUGCGCUGAAGAACAACAGUGCGUGAAAGAAGAACAGCAAAGCAAGUGAUGUGUCAGCAGGCUGCAUUGUCUCGUUGUCGUUUCGCCGUUCGCCUUCCCAAAGACGGCGGCGGCCAUGGACAACAACCACUCACUGGUGACGUGCUCUUUUGGGUGCCCGAAGAACAGGAUGCUUCUUCACGACCAUGACGUCGACCGGCAAGGAGAAUGAUGACCAUGAAGUCCAGAUGCACCGCGGCGUAAUACAGGAGACACUGCAAAAGUAUUAUGAAGAACCCUUUCCAAAGUCUUUGAGCUAUCGCAGAUUCUUCGGACUUUUGCACGUCUCUAUGUGCCAUGUAGAAUGUUUCGUGGCGUGCGACUACUUCUGAAACUGCUGAGGAACGCCUGCGCCUGAACUUAUGAAGACGCUGCUGUUCGUUGAGCCGAGAGGAAAGAGCGCUAAGAGGAUUUAUGUUUGCCUUUCGCGAUCACGAUCUGAAUAAACCUCGCUUGACAUCAGUGGACAAUAUUUUCGCUUUCUGUUUUAGUUUUCUUUUAUCUCUUUGAAUUCCUACGGCGUGCAUGAGCAUCUGGAACUCCUUUAGGGUGAGUCCUGUUGCUCUGCAUGCUUCAUCUCAUUAUCUCUGUCUCUCUCACGUCCACAUGCUUUCUAAAAGAUAUUACAUGACACCG